AUGGCUGCCAGGGCUUUAGAAGCGCGCUUCCAGCGCAUGUCGGUCAACGAUGAGAACGACCCCGGCGAUGCCAGCAAGCUGUACCAGAAGUCCAAGGCCACCGUUACCGCUACGCAGUUGACUCAUAGCACCAGCCGGCCGAACCUGUACAAAGUCGCCUUACAAACCCAGAAUACCAACACUGUCACAGCCGUCACUCUUCCCUCACAACAAGCCCAAUUGAAGGGCUCGCAACCUUCUUCCCCGGCACGGAAACCCCUGCCUGGCUCUCGGUCAUCUGUCGAAGUCGUCGAGGAGCGCAAGUCGGUCGUGCUGAUCGAGCAGCCCACGAUCAAGCAGUUCCAUCUUGGCAUGUUCGAGAUCGGCAGGCCGCUGGGUAAGGGCAAGUUCGGACGUGUGUACCUGGCAAGGGAGCGCAGCAAUGGCUUCAUCUGCGCCCUAAAGGUGCUGCACAAGAACGAGCUCCAGCAGGGCCGCGUCGAGAAGCAGGUGCGCCGCGAGAUCGAAAUCCAGAGCAACCUGCGCCACCCCAACAUCCUGCAGCUGUACGGCCACUUCCACGACAGCAAGCGGGUCUUCCUGAUCCUCGAGUUCGCCGGGAAGGGUGAGUUGUACAAGCAUCUGCGCAAGGAGAACCGCUUCCCCGAGUGGAAGGCCGCCCAGUACGUUGCCCAGAUGGCCAGCGCCUUGAGGUACCUGCACCGCAAGCACGUCAUUCAUCGGGAUAUUAAGCCCGAGAACAUCCUUGUCGGCAUCCAUGGCGAGCUCAAGGUCUCGGAUUUCGGCUGGAGUGUGCAUGCGCCGAACAACAGGAGAGCGACCAUGUGUGGAACACUAGACUACCUGCCUCCGGAGAUGAUCAAGCCCGGCAGCAAGGAUAACUACUACGACGAAAAGGUCGAUCUGUGGUCGCUAGGCGUCUUGACAUAUGAGUUUCUGGUGGGUGAAGCUCCUUUCGAGGACACGCCCGUCAUGACGCAAAGGAGGAUUGCCAGGGCAGACAUGACGAUUCCUUCGUUUGUAAGCCCCGAGGCCAGGGAUCUGAUCAAGAAGUUGCUUGUCCUUGACCCCGAGAAGAGAAUACCGCUGGACCAGGUCCAGCAACACCCGUGGAUCAUCAAGCAUUGCCUCAAGGGUGAGCGUGCGGCAAACCGUGAGAAGGGAGUAUAA